ACUCUCGCAAAGCGCUCGUUCCAAGCCUUCCCGAACCGUGUAGUAUGUAGCAUCGCUUGCUCUACAGGUGCCGGUUCUGUAUAUCGCAUGAUAUAUGACAGUGAUUACGUCGGUGGCACGAUCUAUUGAGAUGUGGUGAUCAAAGGCAAACAAUGACCAGUCUCAACUUUUGAAUGUCAUGUGAGAACUGCAGGAAGAUACCGAAGGGGCAAUGCCGCCUUUCCGCUUUUGGUCUCUACUACUUCUACUGUUUAUUUUUGAAAAGGGAACCUGUCAAGCAACAGAUAUCGACGUGAAGCUGGUUGCGCCAAGCUGGGUUGCGCGGGGCAGCUCAGCCACACUGCGCUGUCUUCAUCAAGUUCCACCCCAACUGCUGUAUAAAGUGGAGUUCCUGAGAUCUGGUGCGAAGAUCCUGCAGUAUGUACGGGAGAGAGUACCGCCGUAUACGAAUUAUACGUUCCAAGGUGGAAAGGUUAAUAUGUCGCUUGUAACGGAAAACUCGAUAACUAUAGAGAAUUUAGACCCGACCGCAUCGGGGCUGUACUGGUGUGAAGUGUCCUUAGAGACUCCGAUAUUCACAGCAGCCUCCCCGCCCCAUCAGCUGACCGUUGUGUAUUCCCAAAAGCACCCACCCAUUAUAACGUUCGGUAAGCCCGACGUGGUUGUCGGAGGCUUGCUCCGAGCCAAUUGCACUAGUGCUCCUGCCGCCCCCGCGCCGAAACUCAUCUGGUAUAUUGAUAAUGAAAAGGUACCCGAAGACGCGAUAAAGUACUUCUCGUACCGCGUCUCCAGUUCCACUCGCACCAAGGGUGGUGGCUACAGGCACAGAAAGCAUCAGCACCGCUACAUAGCACCAGAGUUCAACUACACGGCCAAAUACUGGGCACUCGUCAGUGAGUCCACUACGCCUUCCCCGGCCAAUCUUACGAAGCAUAGCAAGUGCACUUUGAAAGAUGGACACGAGGAAGUUGCAAAGGUAAAAUGGAUGAUAAGCGAGAAGCCCCGCGAGCUAGCUCCGCCCCCCAUAUCCCUAUGGGUCUCUAUAGCGGAACUGCGAACACCAGCCCAUGGACGCUUGCAGCUCACCUGCACCGCCACCAUCCCUGAUGAAGUGGGCCCGGGGGAGAAGUUCGCAGAUAUCAAGAAACAAACUGUAACAGUUGCGGUGAACGAGCUCAGUUUGAAAAAGCCCAGAACAGAGACGAGUGUUGCGAACGGCACGUCUACGACGCUACAACAUUUCAACCCACUUUGGCUUAUCGGCUACGGUUUUCUGAUCCAUGAGCUUAGAAUACCCCUUAACUAGUUUACUAUUCCUUCGAUGUUCUUAAUCCUAAUGAUAGUGUUCUUAUACUUUCGUCUCACUUUCAAGGUAUAGGGUUGUCUAUAAUUUCGAUUUAGAUUAUUUUAAUAGUGAUUUGAAAGUGAAAUUGUGUUCAAGAAUUUUAAAGUAUAGAUAAUAUAUUCCAUGGAGAAAGUUAUAAUAAUUGUUUGUAGGAAAUUUUUAUCUUGAUAUAUCCGAGCUUCCUUCCGGUCAAUUACGCUUUUCGUUUACAGGGUUCCCUUAAUUGUUUGUAUUGCUUUUGAAUCCAAGAAAAUAAUAUUUCGAAAACUUAAUAUUUUUGUAUAAAUUGUACUUAAUAUAACAAAUACCUAUUUAUCCUAUUUACAAACUGGUUGCAUAAACUUGUAAAAGUUAAAUAAAAGGGUCAAGAAAAUCGCCGAUCAUCAACAAAUUAUUUAUUUAUGAUUAUUAUAAAUAAGCCAGAAGUUGGUUGAAAUAUUUACACAUGAUUUCUGAAACAUUCCUAUUUAUUGUAUUAAAACUCAUAA